UCUGUGCCUGAGUCAAGAUGGCGGCUCCAAAUGUGUCUGGAGUUGGUUAGCCAACAGAGGACUUGAUGUGAUUUCUUUCUGUUUGUUUUAUUUUGCGCGUAUUAACGAGGAUUCUCUCAAGAAGUGUUUAAAAAUCUCGAGGACGCUUUUAAUCUCACUGAGCUGCUAAAAGGCGAUGGCGGGUCGCAGGGUGGAGUGUGUGUGGAAGAGGCACGUGGCGGAGCAGCUGAAGCACAGGGACCGUGUACAGCGACAGGCCUUUGAGGAGAUCAUCCACCAGUAUAACAGGUUGUUGGAGAAGUCAGACCUGCAGUCCGUGCUCUCAGAGAGACUGCAAACAGAGAAAUAUGAGCUACAAAACAGGCAUGACGUCAGCCCGGGUGCUGAGUCGAGCCGCUGUGACCUGUUGCAACAGGAAAUGUCUCAGAUGCGAAUCAAACACCAAGAGGAGCUCACAGAGUUGCACAAAAAACGUGGAGAGCUGGCCCAGAGUGUAAUCGAGCUGAAUAACCAGAUUCAACAGAAAGACAAAGAGAUACAGAACAAUGAGGCCAAGAUGUUGAAGUAUCAGCAGCAGAUCUCGCAGCUGGAGGGUGACUGCCGCGAGCUGCGCAACAACCUGUCGGACCUGGAGCGAGCCAAUCAGACACUGCGGGACGAGUACGACGCGUUACAGAUCACCUUCAGCGCUCUGGAGGAGAAGCUGCGCAAAACCACUGAGGACAAUCAAGAGCUCGUCACACGCUGGAUGGCUGAGAAGGCGCAAGAGGCGAACCGGCUCAACGCGGAGAACGAGAAGGACUGCAGGCGGAGACAAGCGAAGCUGCAGAAAGAGUUGGCUGAUGCUGCAAAAGAACCACUACCUAUCGAUAUGGACGAUGACAUUGAGGUGCUUCCAGAAGAGACGGCGAAAGGGACAGGAGAGACGUCUCCCAACUACCCAAUGAGCCGCACACCUGGUAAACGAACAUCUCAGCUUCCUCCUGGUAGUCUCCUAGAUUCCAUCUCCAAUAUGUUUGGCGUUGGCAGACGGCGGUCUCUGAACUCCCACGGCUCGCCCCCGGACAAUAUAGAGACUCCCUCUGGUGUGUGCGCCGACGUCCGCGUCCCCUCCACUGCUCUCCACGUGUUUGAUGCCCAUGAUGGUGAGGUGAAUGCGGUCCAGUUCAGUCCCGGCUCUCGUCAGCUCGCUACAGGAGGAAUGGACCGACGUGUAAAACUGUGGGAAGUGAUGGCAGGUCGCUGUGAGUAUAAAGGCGCUUUAAUGGGCAGUAACGCUGGAAUCACCAGCAUAGAGUUCGACAGCACGGGCUCUUACCUGUUGGCUGCAUCCAAUGACUUUGCGAGUCGAAUCUGGACUGUAGACGACUACAGACUGAGGCACACAUUAACGGGUCACAGCGGGAAGGUUCUAUCGGCUCGCUUCCUGCUGGACAACGCUCGCAUCGUCUCGGGCAGCUACGACCGAACGCUCAAACUCUGGGAUCUGCGAAGCAAAGUCUGUAUGAAGACGGUGUUCGCCGGCUCCAGCUGUAACGAUAUCGUGUGUACGGAGCAGUGUGUGAUGAGCGGCCAUUUUGAUAAGAAAGUGCGCUUCUGGGACAUUCGAGCUGAGACUACAGUGUGCGAGUUAGAGCUGUUUGGUCGGGUCACGUCGUUGGACCUGAAUCACGACCGCACAGAGCUGCUCACCUGUUCCCGUGAUGACCUCGUUAAAAUCAUUGACCUACGCAACAACGCUGUGAGACAAACUUUCAGUGCACAGGGCUUCAAGUGUGGGUCAGACUUCACCAGAGUCACCUUCAGUCCUGAUGGCAGUUACAUCGCGGGGGGUUCAGCAGACGGUGUUCUGUACGUGUGGCAUGUUCUGACAGGGAAAGUGGAGAGAAACCUCGAAAAAGGCCACAGCUCCUCCAUUAACGCAGUAUCGUGGUCUCCAUCUGGUUCCUACGUGCUCAGUGUGGAGAAGAGCAGCAAGGCUGUGCUGUGGUCGGACAUGUGAUUGGUCCAGCUCUGCAGCUUCCAGGCUCUGAUUGGUUCACUUCCGGCCUGCUCUAAAUUGGUCUGGCUUUGUUCCAGUCUGCUCUGAUUGGUCCAGCUCUGCUCCACUCGACGGAUCGGCUUGGCUCCAGCCUACAAAAGGACCCCACAUGCAGUGUGUUUUGGGGGCGUGGCCAUCUGUACAGAAAGACUCACUCGCCCAUUUUAUAUCAGUAGUCCUCUUUCCCCUCCCCUGUCCACACACGUGCGCGCGCACAAGUGUGUGUGUGUGUGAGAGUGUGUAUUAAUCAAAUGAAUCUUCAUACCAAUUAAUUAUCUCAUGGCUUUAUAAGGCUUCACCUUCUUGUGUGUCUGACCUCAUUUCCUGUCUACACUCACUCUACCAUUUGCAAUGUGGAAAAGGAUAGGUGUGUGUGUGUGGUGGGGGGGAUUAUUCUUAACCUAUACUUCAAAACCUACAAUUCAGUUCUUCCGUAGAAAAUGUGGCUCUGAGACAUCCCAGUCGAAUUAGCAGACACGGAGCAGGUCUUCACAGAAGCUCUUAAAAUUAGCAGGGCUGUUUUGCAAAACGGUUUGGAUUUCUGCUAAACUCGAGUUCGAUUGCGCAUUAGGUCGGGGACACGGAAUAGCCCUGAAGUGCUAUUCCACAUAGCAUCGCCAAGGUUGACAGCUCCACAAUGCUGUCGCUUGCUUCAAACGACACACUAAACAAAGUGCAAAGCUAGCAUUAACUGACUCCUCCACGGACUAGCUGAAGUUAUCAUUAGCGACUAAUUAGAUAUCGGUGCUUACAGCCCCUGCUGUAAUUAUUUCUCAUUGUAUUUUAAUGAAAUGAGGCCUUAAAAUGUUUACAAAAGUGUGUUUAUUAGCAACACCCAACCACACACAAACUGAACUGACAUGUUCAGUGUGAUGUCUCACUGAAACGGGACAGGGUAUGAUGUCGAGAUGAUUGACAGAAGAAUGAGCCAAACACUGCAGCCCCUGCUAAUAACGCACCUCGUUUUGUAUAGAAUGACAUGCUGCUGUUGCUCCCUUUACCUUGCCAUAUGUGUAAUAGGUUGAGUGACUGACACACACACACAAAAAAAAGGCUAUAAUCCUUUUUCACAGAGCUUCAACAAUCUCAAGUGGGUGGGGCUUAUGCAAAUGAAGUGCACUUUAAUUAAGCCCUAACACGUCUGCAGAAGAAACACAGAGUGCACGCCUCCUGAACACUCCUGUAUGCUUACACUGUAUCAUCCUCAUACGUGACCCACAGCCUCUCACUGGCUCGUUCAAUUGAAAAUGGGCGGGACUUAAAUACAGCAUUUUGUAGUGGCUGGGGCUCAGGAUGACCGUUCAGUUCCAUUGCCUCCUGAACUGUGGUAUGUAUGUAUGUCUGUGUAUGAGACACUGUAUGUUUACACACAAUGAAACAUGUAACAUGA